AUGUCUUACGCAUAUCUCUUCAAGUACAUCAUCAUCGGCGACACUGGAGUUGGAAAGUCGUGUCUUUUACUUCAGUUCACCGACAAGCGCUUUCAACCGGUUCAUGACCUGACUAUUGGUGUUGAGUUUGGUGCUAGGAUGAUCACGAUCGAUAAUAAGCCAAUCAAGUUGCAAAUAUGGGAUACGGCUGGUCAAGAAUCCUUCAGAUCUAUUACAAGGUCGUAUUACAGAGGGGCAGCAGGUGCACUGCUCGUUUAUGAUAUAACCAGGAGGGAGACAUUUAAUCACUUGGCUAGUUGGUUGGAAGAUGCAAGGCAGCAUGCAAAUGCAAACAUGACAAUUAUGCUUAUCGGAAACAAGUGUGAUCUUGCUCACAGACGGGCUGUCAGCACAGAAGAAGGUGAACAGUUUGCAAAGGAGCAUGGGUUGAUCUUCAUGGAGGCAUCAGCAAAAACUGCUCAGAAUGUUGAAGAGGCCUUCAUAAAAACAGCUGGAACCAUAUACAAAAAGAUUCAGGAUGGAGUUUUUGAUGUAUCAAAUGAGUCUUAUGGAAUAAAAGUAGGAUAUGGUGGAAUUCCUGGACCAUCUGGAGGUAGGGAUGGCCCUUCUGCUGCUGGGGGAAGCUGCUGCAGUUGA